GAAACAAGCUUGUGACGCGACGCUGACGUAAUAAUAAUGCGACCGAUGAGAUAACACACGAGGACAGUUCGAGCUUUAGACUACAACAAAGUUGGGAUAAUUUCGCCUAUUGGUCUUCUAGAGCAGUAACAAACACGCGUUUUUAACCCCGACAGAGAACGUCUAUGCCACCAUGUCUGACUUUUCAUCGCUGGGUCUGUCGGACUGGCUGAUAAAACAGUGUCAACAGCUGGGAAUCAGCAAACCCACUCCUGUACAACAGAACUGUGUGCCUGCAAUUCUGGAAGGUCGAGACUGUUUGGGCUGUGCCAAAACAGGAAGUGGAAAAACAGCAGCGUUUGUGCUGCCGGUGCUGCAGAAACUCUCCGAGGAUCCGUAUGGAAUUUUCUGCCUGGUACUCACUCCCACCAGGGAGCUGGCCUAUCAGAUUGCUGAGCAAUUUCGAGUCCUGGGGAAGCCCCUGGGUCUGAGGGACUGCAUCGUUGUUGGUGGAAUGGAUAUGGUGGCCCAGGCCCUGGAACUUUCCAAGCAGCCUCACAUUGUUGUAGGGACUCCAGGUCGAUUGGCCGAUCACAUUCGCAGCUCCAACACUUUCAGCAUGAGCAGGAUUCAGUUCUUGAUUUUAGAUGAGGCCGACCGACUGUUGGAACAGGGCUGCACCGACUUCACCAAAGACCUGGAGGAAAUCCUUGGGAUUUUACCCGCCAAACGACAGACGCUGCUGUUCAGUGCCACACUCACAGACACACUGCAGGAGCUGAAGAACAUCGCCAUGAACAAGCCUUUCUUCUGGGAGAGCAAGUCUGAAACACGAACAGUGGAGGAGCUGGACCAACGGUACAUCCUGACCCCAGAGAAGGUGAAGGACGCCUACCUGGUCCAUCUGAUCCAGACGUUCACUGAUGAACAUGACGACUGGUCCAUUAUCAUCUUCACCAACACAUGCAAAACAUGUCAAAUCCUCACCAUGAUGCUGAGGGAAUUGAACUUCCCGACCAUCUCCCUGCAUUCCAUGAUGAAACAGAAACAAAGAUUUGCAAACCUCGCCAAGUUCAAGGCCAGUGUCUACAAAAUCCUGAUCGCCACAGACGUGGCUGCGAGGGGUUUGGAUAUUCCAGCUGUCCAGGUCGUCAUCAACCACAACACACCUGGUCUUUCCAAGAUCUACAUCCACAGAGUCGGACGAACGGCCAGAGCAGGGAGGAGCGGAGUGUCCAUCACACUAGUGACGCAGUACGACAUCCACCUAGUCCACUCCAUAGAAGAACAGAUUCAAACAAAGCUGAAAGAAUAUCCGGUGAAGGAGAAGGAAGUCCUGAAGAUCUUAACCCAGGUCAACGUCACCCGACGAGAGUGCGAAAUAAAGCUGGAGUCGACCGACUUCGACGAGAAACGGGAGAUCAACAAGAGGAAACAGAUGAUCUUAGAGGGAAAGGAUCCAGACCUGGAGGCCAAGAGGAAGGCUGAACUGGAGAAGAUCAAGAGCCAGAAGAAGAGGUUCAAACAGAAAAUCCAGGAGACCAUUGAGAGACAGAAACGUGGACAGUUGAAAAAGAAACUGAAGAAGAGAAAAGAAAUGAAAAAGAAAAAAUCUGCUGAGGCAGCAGCGUCGUCAACAUCGUGAAGCAGCAGCCAAAACAAAUGUACAUACAAGUCUGAUUAUACUGUGCAAUAGCUAAUAUUUUUUCUCUUUUUGUCAGUGUGAGCACAUACAUGAAUAAAAUAAGAACAAGCCGAUAACUCGACAGCCUUUAUUGAUUUAAGUGUAACAAGGGAACCAUGGUGUGGUGAUGAAGUGUCACUGCAAAUGAGAUCCACUGUGUCAAACAGGUAUUUACAUCUAACCUUACGAUGCAGAGAAUCAAGUCUCGGAUGCAAACGUGUCAAACAGA